GGGUGGGGCGCUGAGAUGAGGCGCCCCCCGCCGCCCGCCCCCCGCCCCGCCCCUGCCGCGAAGCCGGAGCCGGUGCCGGUGCCGGUGCGGGCGGAGCCCCCGGGGCCAUUUUCCCCCGGAGCCCCCGCGGUACCGGUGCCGGUGCUCCCCGCCGGUGCCGCAUCCCCUCCGGAGCCCUCCCGGUGCCGGUGCCGUUUUCCCCCCCGGUCAUGCUCCCCCGUGGCGUCUCGGCGGACAUCGUGGGGCUCGGAGCCGGGGUCGGCGGCGAUGGCGGAGGAGAGCUCGAGUGGCAGCAGCGGCUCGCCUGGCGCCGGGGACACGCUGCCCUGGAACCUGGGCAAACACCAGCGCUCGCAGCGUGCCAAGGCGGCCGCGGGCAACGGGACGGUGCUGGACCCCGCCGAGAGAGCCGUCAUCCGCAUCGCAGAUGAGCGAGAUCGUGUCCAGAAGAAAACCUUCACCAAAUGGGUCAACAAGCACCUUAUCAAGGCGCAGCGCCAUGUCAACGACCUGUACGAGGACCUGCGGGACGGGCACAACCUCAUCUCGCUGCUGGAGGUGCUGUCGGGUGACACGCUGCCCCGGGAGAAGGGCCGGAUGCGCUUCCACAAGCUGCAGAAUGUCCAGAUUGCCCUCAACUACCUGAAGCAUCGGCAGGUGAAGCUGGUGAACAUCCGCAAUGAUGACAUCGCCGACGGCAACCCCAAACUGACACUGGGGCUCAUCUGGACCAUCAUCCUCCACUUCCAGAUCUCGGACAUCCAGGUGACCGGGCAGUCGGAGGACAUGACAGCCAAGGAGAAGCUGCUGCUGUGGUCACAGCGGAUGGUGGAGGAUUACCAGGGCCUCCGCUGUGACAACUUCACCACCAGCUGGCGGGACGGGCGCCUCUUCAACGCCAUCAUCCACCGGCACAGGCCGAUGCUGAUCGACAUGAGCCGGGUGUACCGCCAGAGCAACCUGGAGAACCUGGACCAGGCCUUCACCGUGGCCGAGCGUGAUCUGGGGGUGACGCGGCUGCUGGACCCCGAAGACGUGGACGUGGCGCAGCCGGAUGAGAAGUCCAUCAUCACCUACGUGUCCUCGCUGUACGAUGCCAUGCCGCGCGUGCCCGAGGUGCAGGACGGCGUCAAGGCCAACGAGCUGCAGCUGCGCUGGCAGGAGUACUACGAGGUGGUGACGGGGCUGCUGCAGUGGAGCCGGCAGCACUCGGCGCUCUUCGAGGAGCGUCGCCUCCCUGCCAGCUACGAGGAGAUCGAGAUCCUCUGGCGCCAGUUCCUCAAGUUCAAGGAGACGGAGCUGCCGGCUCGGGAGGCCGACAAGAACCGCUCCAAAGCCAUCUUCCAGGCGCUGGAGGGCGCGGUGCAGUCGGGACAGCUGAAGGUGCCCCCCGGGUACCACCCACUGGACGUGGAGAAGGAGUGGGGGCGGCUGCACGUCGCUGUGCUGGAGCGGGAGAAGCUGCUGCGGGCAGAGUUUGAGAGGCUGGAGCGGCUGCAGCGUGUGGUCACCAAGCUGCAGAUGGAGUCGGGGCUCUGUGAGGAGCAGCUGAACCAGGCGGAUGCUCUGCUCCAGGCCGACGUGCGGCUGCUGGCGGCUGGGAAGGCGCCCCAGAAGGCGGCAGAGGUGGAGAGGGACCUGGACAAGGCGGAUGCCAUGAUCCGGCUGCUCUUCAACGACGUCCAGACCCUCAAGGACGGGCGGCACCCCCAGGGCGAGCAGAUGUACCGUCGCGUGUACCGCCUGCACGAGCGCCUGGUGUCCAUCCGCACCGAGUACAACCUGCGGCUCAAGUCGGGGGCGCCGGUGACAGCGGUGACGGCCGCGUCGGUGACAGCGGCGCAGCGGCGGCCGGAGCCGGACGAGGCUCCGCUGCGGUACCUGCAGGAGCUGCUGGCCUGGGUGGAGGAGAACCAGCGGCGAGUGGCCACGGCCGAGUGGGGCGCGGACCUGCCCACCGUGGAGACCCACCUGGGCGCCCACCGUGGGCUGCACCGCGCCAUCGAGGAGUUCCGUGCCAAGGUGGAGCGGGCACGGGCGGAUGAGGCCCAGCUGUCCCCCGGCCCCAGCAGCGCCUACCGGGAGUGCCUGGGCAAGCUGGAGCUGCAGUACGCCAAGCUGCUGAACUCCUCCAAGUCGCGGCUGCGGCACCUGGAGAGUCUCCAUGGCUUCGUCAGCGCCGCCACCAAAGAGCUGCUGUGGCUGAGCGAGCGCGAGGAGGAGGAGGUGGCCUUCGACUGGAGCCACAACAACCCCGCCAUGGCUGCCAAGAAGGAGAGUUACUCGGCGCUGAUGCGGGAGCUGGAGCUGCGGGAGCGGCGGAUCCAGGAGCUGCGGAGCUCAGGGGAGCGGCUGCUGCGUGAGGAGCACCCCGGGGCGCAGACUCUGGAGGCGUUCCUGGCAGCGCUGCAGACCCAGUGGAGCUGGAUGCUGCAGCUCUGCUGCUGCAUCGAGACCCACCUGAAGGAGAACAGCAACUACUUCCAGUUCUUCGCCGAGGUGCGGGAGGCCGAGGAGCUGCUGCGAAAGACGGAGGAGACGAUGCGGCGCAAGUUCAGCUGCGACCGUGGCACCACGGCCACACGCCUGGAGGACCUGCUGCAGGACCUGGCGGAGCAGAAGGAGCAGCUGGCGGAGCUGGGGGCGCAGCUGGGGGGUCUCUCCCGCCGUGCCAGGACCAUCGUGCAGCUGAAGCCGCGCAGCCCCUCGACCCCGCUGCAGGGCCGCCCCCCCAUCCAGGCCGUCUGCGACUACAAGCAAAUGGAGGUGACGGUGCACAAGAACGACACCUGUGCCCUGGUGAACCACGCCCAGCCGCAGCAGUGGCGGGUGCUGAGCGCCGCUGGCAGCGAGGCCGUCGUGCCCUCGGUCUGCUUCCUCCUGCCACCCCCCAACAAGGAGGCUCUGGACGCCGUGCACAGGCUGGAGACCACCCACCAGCAGCUGCUGGGGCUGUGGCAGCAGCUGCACCAGGACCUGCGCAGCCUCCGCGCCUGGCAGUACCUGACCCGGGACAUCCAGCAGAUCCAGUCCUGGACGCACGUCACGUUCCGCACGCUGUCGGCCGAGGAGGUGCGUCAGGUCCUGUCCAGCCUGGAGAGCCACUACCAGGAGUUCCUGCGGGACAGCCAGGACUCCCAGAGCUUCCAGCCCGACGACCGGCUGCAGGUGGAGCGCGACUACAACGCCUGCACUCACAAAUACGAGCUGCUGCUGCGUAGCCAGGAGAAAGGAGAGCAGGACGAGUCUCUGUGCAGGAGCUACAUCUCGCAGCUGAAGGACAUCCGGCUGCAGCUGGAGAGCUGCGAGAGCCGCACCGUGCAUCGCCUGCGCCUGCCCCUCAAGGCCGACCCCCUGCGCGAGUGCGCCCAGCGCCAGGCUGAGCAGCAGCAAACCCACCUGGAGCUGGAGGGCAUCCAGAAGAACCUGGCCAAAGUCAGCGAGAGGACGGAGCAGGUGCUGGCGCAGCCGGAGCAGGCGGGCUCAGCCCCUGUCCUGCGCUCCGAGCUGGAGGUGACCCUGCGGAAGAUGGAGCAGGUGUACAGCCUGUCCAGCAUCUACCUGGAGAAGCUGAAGACCAUCGGGCUGGUGAUCCGGAGCACGCAGGGCGCUGAGGAGCUGCUGCGCAAGUACGAGGAGCAGCUGAAGGAUGUACAGGCGGUGCCGGCUGACCUGGCCGAGCUGGAGGCCAGCAAGGCCGAGCUGAAGCGGCUGCGGACAGAGGCCGAGGGGCACCAGCCCUUCUUCAGCACGCUGGAGACCGACCUCGGCAAGGCCAAGGACGUCAACGAGCGGAUGGUCCGUGGCCACAGCGAGCGGGAUGUGGACCUGGAGCGGUACCGGGAGCGGGUGCAGCAGCUGCUGGAGCGCUGGCAGGCCGUGCUGGGCCAGGCUGACCUGCGCCAGCGCGAGCUGGACCAGCUGGGCCGCCAGCUGGGCUACUACCGGCAGAGCUGCGACGCGCUGCGCCAGUGGAUCCGCGACGCCCGGCAGCGCCAGGAGGCCAUCCAGGCCGUGCCCAUCACCGACAGCCGGGCCGUGCGCGAGCAGCUGCUGCAGGAGAAGAAACUGCUGGAGGAGUGUGAGCAGCACAAGGAGAAGGUGGAGGAGUGCCAGCGCUAUGCCAAGCAGUACAUCGAUGCCAUCAAGGACUACGAGCUGCAGCUGGUGAGCUUCAAGGCACAGGUGGAGCCGGUGGCAUCCCCAGCCAAGAAGCCCAAAGUGCAGUCGGCAUCUGACAGCAUCAUCCAGGAGUACGUGGACCUGCGGACGCAGUACAGUGAGCUGACCACGCUCACCACCCAGUACAUCAAGUUCAUCACCGAGACCCUGCGGCGGCUGGAGGACGAGGAGAAAGCCGCCGAGAAGCUGAAAGAGGAGGAGAGGAAGCGGCUGGCGGAGGUGGAGGCGCAGCUGGAGAAGCAGCGGCAGCUGGCCGAGGCCCACGCCAAAGCCAAGGCGCAGGCGGAGGCGGAGGCGCGGGAGCUGCAGCUCCGCAUGCAGGAGGAGGUCACCCGGCGGGAGGUGGUGGCCGUGGAUGCCGAGCAGCAGAAGCAGAACAUCCAGCAGGAGCUGAUGCAGCUGCGGCAGAACUCGGACCACCAGAUCAAGUCCAAGGUAAAGCUGAUCGAGGAGGCUGAAUACAACCGCAAGAAAGUGGAGGAGGAGAUCCGCCUCAUCCGCCUGCAGCUGGAGAGCACCGAGAAGCAGCGGGAGAGCGCAGAGACAGAGCUGCAGGAGCUGCGGGCACGUGCCGAAGAUGCCGAGCGGCAGAAGCGGCAGGCACAGGAGGAGGCCGAGCGUCUGCGCCGGCAGGUGAAGGAGGAGAGCCAGAAGAAGCGGGAGGCGGAGGAGGAGCUGAAGCGCAAGGUGCAGGCUGAGCGUGAAGCGGCCCGGGAGAAGCAGAAGGCAGUGGCAGACCUGGAGCAGCUGCGGCUGCAGGCGGAGGAGGCUGAGCGACGCAUGCGACAGGCAGAGGCUGAGAAGGACCGGCAGAUCCAGGUGGCCCAGGAGGUGGCCCAGCGCAGCGCUGAGGCCGAGCUGCAGAGCAAGAGGCUCUCUUUCGCCGAGAAGACGGCGCAGCUGGAGCUGUCACUGCAGCAGGAGCACGAUGUGGUGGCCCAGCUGCAGGAGGAGGCUGAGCGGCUGAAGAGGCAGCAGCUGGAGGCCGAGCGCUCGCGGGAGGAGGCUGAGAAGGAGCUGGAGCGCUGGCGGCAGAAGGCCAACGAGGCACUGCGCCUGCGGUUGCAGGCCGAAGAGGUGGCCCACAAGAAGUCACUGGCACAGGAGGAGGCCGAGAAGCAGAAGGAGGAUGCGGAGCGCGAGGCCCGCAAGCGCGCCAAGGCAGAGGAGGUGGCCGUACGGCAGAAGGAGCUGGCGGAGGAGGAGCUGGAAAAGCAGCGGGAGCUGGCAGAGGGCACAGCCCAGCAGAAGCUGGCGGCAGAGCAGGAGCUGAUCCGGCUGAAGGCGGAGAUGGAGAAUGGGGAGCAGCAGCGCUUGCUCCUGGAGGAAGAGCUCUCGCGGCUGAAGGGCGAGGUAAACGAGGCCAUCCAGAGGAGGAAAGAGCUGGAGGAGGAGCUGGCCAAGCUGCGGGCAGAGAUGGAGGUCCUGCUGGAGAGCAAGGCCAAGACAGAGGAGGAGUCACGCUCCAGCAGCGAGAAGUCCAAGCAGCGGCUGGAGGCGGAGGCCAACAAGCUGCGGGAGCUGGCCGAGGAGGCCGCCCGCCUGCGCGCCCUCUCCGAGGAGGCCAAGCGGCAGCGGCAGCUGGCGGAGGAGGAGGCCAGCCGGCAACGGGCCGAGGCUGAGCGCAUCCUGAAGGAGAAGCUGGCGGCCAUCAACGAGGCCUCACGGCUGAAGGCGGAGGCAGAGAUCGCGCUGAAGGAGAAAGAGGCGGAGAACGAGCGGCUGCGGCGGCUGGCGGAGGAUGAGGCCUACCAGCGCAAACUGCUGGAGGAGCAGGCAGCCCAACACAAGCAGGACAUUGAGGAGAAGAUUGCCCUGCUGAAACGCUCCUCAGAGAGCGAGCUGGAGAGGCAGAAGGGGCUCGUGGAGGAUACUCUGCGGCAGCGGCGACAGGUGGAGGAGGAGAUCCGCGCCCUCAAGGCCAGCUUCGAGAGGGCCUCAGCGGGCAAGAGCGAGCUGGAGCGGGAGCUGAACCGCAUCCGUGGGGAGGCAGAGGAGGUGCAGCGCAGCCGGGAGCAGGCGGAGCGGGAGGCUGAGCGGCAGCGGGCGCUGGCGCUGGAGGAGGAGGGCCGCCGGCGCGAGGCCGAAGAGAAGGUGCAGGCCAUCCUGGCGGCCGAGGAGGAGGCCGGGCGACAGCGGCGGCUGGCCCUGGAGGAGGUGGAGCGGCUGCGGGCCAUGGUGGAGGAAGCGCAGCGGCAGAAGGAACUGGCGGAGAAGGAGUCAGAGCGGCAGAUCCAGCUGGCACGGGAGGCGGCGCAGAAGCGGAUUGCAGCGGAGGAGAAGGCGCACCUGGCUGCCGUGCAGCAGAAGGAGCAGGAGCUGCUGCAGACUCGCCAGCAGGAGCAGAGCCUCCUGGACCGGCUGCGCGAGGAGGCGGAGCGGGCCCGGCGGGCGGCUGAGGAGGCUGAGUUUGCCCGUGGCAAGGCCGAGCAGGACGCCAGCUUGUCCCGGCAGCGCGUGGAGGAGGCUGAGCGGCUGAAGCAGCGGGCAGAGGAGGAGGCGCAGGCCAAGGCACAGGCACAGGCAGACGCAGAGAAACUGCGUAAGGAGGCCGAGCUGGAGGCAGCAAAAAGGGCGCAGGCAGAGCAGGCGGCCCUGCGGCAGAAGCAGCUGGCCGAUGCCGAGAUGGAGAAGCACAAGAAGUUUGCCGAGCAGACACUGCGGCAGAAGGCGCAGGUGGAGCAGGAGCUGACCAAGGUGAAGUUGCAGCUGGAUGAGACCGACCACCAGAAGGGCAUCCUGGAUGAGGAGCUGCAGCGGCUGAAGGAGGAGGUGACAGACGCCGUCCGGCAGAAGGCCCAAGUGGAGGAGGAACUCUUCAAGGUCCGGGUGCAGAUGGAGGAGCUGGCCAAGCUGAAGAGCCGCAUCGAGGAGGAGAACAAGGCGCUGAUCCUCAAGGACAAGGACAACACACAGAAGUUCCUGGCAGAGGAGGCAGAGAAGAUGAAGCAGGUGGCAGAGGAGGUGGCCCGGCUGAGCGUGGAGGCGCAGGAGGCCGCCCGCAUGCGGCAGCUGGCUGAGGACGACCUGGCGCAGCAGCGGGCGCUGGCAGAGAAGAUGCUGAAGGAGAAGAUGCAGGCGGUGCAGGAGGCCACGCGGCUGCGGGCUGAGGCUGAAAUGCUGCAGAAGCAGAAGGAUUUGGCGCAGGAACAUGCCAAGAAGCUGCAGGAGGACAAGGAGCAGAUGCAGCAGCGCCUGGCUGAGGAGACCGAGGGCUUCCAGAAGACGCUGGAGGCUGAGCGCCGGCGGCAGCUGGACAUCACGGCUGAGGCUGAGCGCCUCAAGCUGCAAGUGGCGGAGAUGAGCAUGGCCCAGGCCAAGGCUGAGGAGGAAGCCAAGCGGUUCAAGAAGCAGGCGGAGGAGAUCAGUGAGAGGCUGCAUGAGACUGAGCUGGCCACACAGGAGAAGAUGACGAUGGUGCACACCCUGGAGAUCCAGCGGCACCAGAGCGAUGAGGAUGCGGAAAAGCUGCGGAAGGCCAUCGCUGACCUGGAGAAGGAGAAGGAGAAGCUGAAGCAGGAGGCAGCACUGCUGCAGCAAAAGGCAGAGGAGAUGCAGGUGGCCCAGCAGGCUCAGCUCCGUCAGGAGACGCAGCUCCUGCAGCAGAGCUUCCUGACGGAGAAAGAUGCCCUGCUGCAGAAGGAGAAGUUCAUUGAGGAGGAGAAAUCGAAGCUGGAGAAGCUCUUUAAGGAUGAGGUGAACAAAGCCCAGAACCUGAAGGCAGAGCAGGAGCGGCAGCAGCAGGAGAUGGAGCGGGAGAAGCAGCAGUUGAAAGCUAUGUUAGAGGAAGCCAAGAAGCAUCAGAAGGAAGCUGAGGAAAACGUCCGGCACAAGCAGGAAGAACUACAGGAGCUGGAGAGACAGCGACAGCAGCAGGAGAAACUUCUGGAAGAAGAGAACAAGAAGCUGAGGGAGAGGCUUGAGCAGAUGCAGGAGGAGUACAAGGCUGCCCUGGCCCAGAGACGGGAGAUCAUGAUCCAGACAGAUGACCUGCCUGAGGAGGCGGUUACGACAACGCAGCUGCUGGACACCAAGGCUGUGCCCAAUGGCCGGGAUGCAAUGGAUGGCUUAGCCCAGAAUGGGGAGCCGGAGUUCGCCUUUGACGGCAUCCGGCAGAAGGUGUCAGCAGAGAAGCUGGCUGAUGCCGGCAUCCUGAGCAGGGAGAGCUUAGACAAGUUGGCAAAGGGUGUCGUGAGUGUGGGCGAGCUCUCUCAGAGGGAGGAUGUCAAGAAGUACCUGCAGGGCAAGAGCAGCAUUGCCGGUUUGCUGAUCAAACCCUCCAACCAGAAGAUGAGCAUCUACGAAGCCAUGAAGAAGAAGCUGCUCAGCCCAGGCACAGCACUGGUGCUCCUGGAGGCACAGGCUGCUUCUGGCUUCAUCAUCGACCCUGUGCGGAAUGCAAGGCUCUCGGUGAACGAGGCAGUGCGAGAGGGAGUGAUCGGGCCAGAGCUGCACAACAAGAUGCUGUCGGCCGAGCGGGCUGUCACUGGCUAUAAGGACCCGUACACAGGUGACAAGAUCUCCCUGUUCCAGGCCAUGCAGAAGGAUCUCAUCGUCAGGGAUCACGGCAUCCGCCUGCUCGAGGCCCAGAUCGCCACCGGCGGCAUCAUCGAUCCUGUCAACAGCCACCGUCUGCCUGUGGAAGCUGCCUACAAGCGCGGCUACUUCGAUGAGGAGAUGAAUCAGGUCCUGUCUGACCCCACUGAUGACACCAAGGGCUUCUUCGAUCCCAAUACUCAGGAGAACCUCACCUACCUGCAGCUCAUGGAGCGGUGCGUGACUGACCCGGACACAGGGCUGUGCCUCCUGCCGCUCACUGACCAAGCAGCCAAAGCUAGAGAGAUGGUCUACACCGACAAGGAAGCCAAGGAUGUCUUCAAGAAGGCCACAGUGACAGCACCGUUUGGCAAGUUCCAAGGGAAGACAAUGACCAUCUGGGAGCUCAUCAACUCUGAAUACUUCACUGAGGACCAAAGGCGGGACCUGAUCCAGCAGUACAGGACUGGCAAGAUCACAGUGGAGAAGAUCAUCAAGAUCGUCAUCACGGUUGUGGAGGAAAGUGAGAAAAAGAGUCAGAUGUGCUUUGAGGGCCUGCGGGGCCCCGUGCCUGCUGCCGAGCUGCUGGAGAGCAAGGUCAUCAACAAGGACCUCUACAACCAGCUGCACCAGGGCAAGAAGUCUGUAAAGGAUGUGGCAGAGAUGGAAUCUGUACGGCAGUACCUGAAGGGCACGGAUGCCAUCGCUGGUGUCCUGGUGGAGUCUACAGGCCAGAAGCUCACCUUCUACGAGGCCCUGAAGAGAAACCUGCUGAAGCCAGAGGUUGCCCUGCCCCUGCUGGAGGCACAAGCUGCCACCGGCUACAUCAUUGACCCUGUGGGUAACAAGCUCUUCUCUGUGGAUGAGGCAGUGAAGGCCGAGGUGGUGGGGCCAGAGUUCCACGAGAAGCUGCUGUCGGCAGAGAAGGCAGUGACUGGCUACAAGGAUCCCUACACAGGUCAGACGGUUUCCCUCUACCAAGCACUCCAGAAGGGCCUCAUCCCCAGCGACACUGGGCUCCGGCUGCUGGACGUCCAGCUUGCCACUGGUGGCAUCAUCGACCCCGUCAACAGCCACCGGCUCCCGCUUGAGGUCGCCUACAAGCGCGGCUACUUCGACCCAGAGAUAAACAAGGCUCUGACUGAGUUCCAAGAUGAUGCCAAGGCUUUCUACUGUCCUAACACCCAGGAACACCUCACCUAUGCCCAGCUGCAGAAGAGUUGCCACCGCGACAAGCAGACUGGCCUGUGCCUGCUGCCCCUGUCUGACGAGGCAAUCCAGUCACAGCAGGAGGAGGUCUACACCGACAGCCAGGCCAAGGAGUGCUUCGACAAAGCAACCAUUGAGGUCCCAGUGGGCAGCAUGAAGGGCCAGACAAUGACCAUCUGGGAACUGAUCCACUCUGAAUACUUCACAGAGGAGCACAGGCGGGAGCUGCUUCGGCAGUACAAGACCGGCAAAGUGACAAUCGAGAAGAUCAUCAAGAUUGUGAUCACCAUCAUCGAGGAGGCAGAGACCAAAAAGCAGGAGAAACUGACGUUCAGUGGUCUGCGGGCUCCGGUGCCAGCCAGUGAGCUGCUGGAGUCCUGCAUCAUCAGCAAAACCCAGUACGAGCAGCUGAAGGAAGGCAAGAAAUCAGUGAAGGACCUCUCGGAGACAGAUUCAGUGAGGAGAUUCCUGCAUGGCGGUGACUGCAUUGCCGGUGUCUAUGUGGAGGCCACCAAGGAGAAGCUGAACAUCUAUGAGGCCAUGAGGAGGAACCUGCUGAGACCCAGCACUGCCGUGGUCCUCCUGGAGGCCCAAGCAGCCACUGGGUUCUUGAUUGACCCUGUGAAGAACCGUAAACUGUACGUCAACGAGGCGGUGAAGGCUGGCAUUGUUGGGCCUGAGCUGCAUGAGAAGCUGCUGUCAGCUGAGAAGGCUGUCACGGGGUACAAGGAUCCCUACUCGGGCGAUACCAUCUCCCUGUUCCAGGCCAUGAAGAAGGGGCUCAUUGUCAAGGAGCACGGCAUCCGUCUGCUCGAGGCCCAGAUCGCCACCGGCGGCAUCAUCGACCCCGUGCACAGCCACCGCCUGCCGGUGGAGGUGGCCUACAAGCGUGGCUACUUCGAUGAGGAGAUGAACCGGACCCUCUCCGACCCCACUGAUGACACCAAGGGCUUCUUCGACCCCAACACUCAGGAGAACCUCACCUAUGUGCAGCUGAAGGAGAGGUGCAUCGAGGAUCCCGAGACGGGCCUAUACCUGCUGCCUCUGCGGGAGCCCGAGAAGCCAAAAGUGGUGGAAACCACUCAGAUGUACACAGAAGCAGAGACACGGAAGGUGUUUGAGGAGACGCAGGUGGACAUCCCCGUGGGCAGCCGGGCAGGCUCCUCCAUGUCACUGUGGGAUAUCAUGCACUCGGACCUGCUGCCCGAGGAGCAGCGUAAACAUCUCAUGGAGGAGUUCCAGUCAGGCCGCGUGUCCAAGGAGCGCAUGAUCAUCAUUAUCAUCGAGAUCAUUGAGAAGACUGAGAUCAUCCGGCAGCAGAAUCUCACGUCCUAUGACUACGUCCGGCGCCGCAUCACAGCCGAGGACCUCUACGAGGCCAGGAUUAUCUCACAGGACAUCUACAACCUGCUGAAACAGGGCUCCAAAACCUUCCGGGAGCUCCUGGACGUGGAGACAGUCUGGAAGUACCUUUAUGGGUCAGGCUGCGUGGCUGGCAUCUACAUCCCCUCCUCCAAGCAGACGCUCAGUGUCUACCAGGCGCUGAAGAAGGGGCUGAUCAAUUCCGAAGUGGCCCGCUCCCUCCUGGAGGCCCAGGCAGCCACUGGCUUCAUGAUCGACCCCACGAAGAAUGAAAUGCUGACUGUUGAUGAGGCGGUCAGGAAGGGCGUGGUGGGGCCAGAGAUCCACGACCGGCUCCUGUCCGCGGAGAGGGCUGUGACCGGCUACAGAGACCCUUACAGCGAACAGAAGAUUUCCCUCUUCCAGGCCAUGAAGAAGGAUCUCAUUCCCAGCGAAGAGGCCCUCAAGCUCCUAGAUGCCCAGAUUGCCACCGGUGGCAUAAUUGACCCGCACCUGGGCUUCCACCUGCCUCUGGAGGUGGCCCUCCAGCGGGGCUUCAUCAACAAGGAGACGUACGACAUGCUGUCGGAGCCCAGCGAGGUGCGCAGCUACGUGGACCCCUCCACAGAUGAGAAGCUCAGCUACACGCAGCUGCUGAAGCGGUGCCGCAAGGACGAGAGCUCCAGGCUCCUCCUGCUCCCGCUCUGCGACACACGGAAGCUCACCUUCCGGGGGCUGCGGAAGCAGAUCACUGUGGAGGAGCUGGUCCUUUCGCAGGUGAUGGACGAAGCCACAGCCCAGCGCCUCCAGGAGGGUCUCACCUCUAUCGAGGAGGUCUCUAAGAACCUGAAGAAGUUCCUGGAGGGCACCAGCUGCAUCGCUGGUGUCUUUGUGGACUCCACAAAGGAGCGUCUGUCCAUCUACCAGGCCAUGAAGAAGGGGAUCAUCCGGCCUGGCACUGCCUUCGAGCUCCUGGAGGCGCAGGCGGCCACGGGCUACGUGAUUGACCCCAUCAAGGGCCUCAAGCUGACAGUGGAGGAAGCUGUGCGCAUGGGCAUUGUGGGCCCCGAGUUCAAGGACAAGCUGCUCUCUGCCGAGAGGGCUGUCACUGGCUACCGCGACCCCUACACCGGAAAGCUCAUCUCCCUCUUCCAGGCUAUGAAGAAGGGCCUGAUCCUGAAGGACCACGGGAUCCGCUUGCUGGAGGCACAGAUCGCCACGGGAGGCAUCAUCGACCCCGAGGAGAGCCACCGCCUGCCUGUGGAGGUGGCCUACAAGAGGGGCCUCUUUGACGAGGAGAUGAACGAGAUCCUGCUGGACCCUAGUGAUGACACCAAGGGCUUCUUCGACCCCAACACGGAGGAGAACCUCACCUACCUGCAGCUCAUGGAGCGGUGCAUCACGGACCCAGAGACCGGCCUCUGCCUCCUGCCUCUGAAGGAGAAAAAGCGGGAGAGGAAGACCUCCUCCAAGUCCUCCGUCCGCAAGCGCCGGGUGGUGAUCGUUGACCCCGAGACGGGCAAGGAGAUGUCUGUGUACGAAGCCUAUCGCAAGGGCCUCAUUGACCACCAGACUUACCUGGAGCUGUCAGAGCAGGAGUGCGAGUGGGAGGAGAUCACCACCUCCUCCUCCGAUGGCGUGGUGAAGUCCAUGAUCAUCGACAGGCGCUCGGGGCGCCAGUAUGACAUCGAUGAUGCCAUUGGCAAGGGUCUGAUUGACCAGUCAGCCCUGGACCAGUACCGCUCCGGCACCCUCUCCAUCACCGAGUUUGCUGACAUGCUCUCUGGCAACAUGGGUGGCUUCCGGUCGCGGUCGUCCUCAGUUGGAUCCUCCUCCUCCUACACUGUCAGCCCAGCCCUGUCACGGAGCCAGAUCUCCAUGUGGACUGACCCAACCGAAGAGACUGGGCCAGUGGCAGGCAUCCUGGACACGGACACUCUGGAGAAGGUGUCCAUCACGGAGGCCAUGCGCCGCAACCUGGUGGACAACAUCACCGGGCAGCGGCUGCUGGAAGCCCAGGCCUGCACCGGGGGCAUCAUCGACCCCAACACCGGUGACAAAUGCACCGUUGCUGACGCGGUCACCAAGGGCCUGGUUGACAAGAUCAUGGUGGACCGCAUCAACCUGGCGCAGAAGGCCUUCUACGGCUUUGAGGACCCGCGGACCAAGACAAAGAUGUCGGCGGCGCAGGCCCUGAAGAAGGGCUGGCUGUACUACGAGGCCGGGCAGCGGUUCCUGGAGGUGCAGUACUUGACAGGGGGCCUGAUCGAGCCCGAUGCCCCAGGCCGUGUCUCCCUGGAUGAGGCGCUGCAGAAGGGCACCAUUGACGCGCGGACUGCCCAGAAACUGCGGGAUGUCAACACCUAUUCCAAGUACCUCACCUGCCCCAAGACCAAGCUCAAGAUCUCCUACAAGGACGCCAUGGACCGGAGCAUGAUCGAGGAUGGGACUGGCCUGCGGCUGCUGGAGGCCUCCUCCCAGUCCAGCAAGGGCUACUACAGUCCCUACAACAUCAGCAGCGCCGGCUCCACCUCCGGAUCUCGCUCGGGCUCUCGCACCGGCUCCCGCUCAGGCUCCCGGCGUGGCAGUUUCGACGCCACCGGCUCUGGCUUCUCCAUGACCUUCUCUUCCUCCUCCUACUCCUCCUCGAGUUUCGGGCGCAGAUACACGGGGAGUACCCAGGGCACCAUGGAGGAGGCUGCCCUUGCCCUCGCCCUGGCCGCAUCCAGAAGCUGCGGGUGGGAGGAGAGCAGGGAGUGCCCCGGGGUGUCUGGGCCCCUGAUCCACGUGACACUGCGCCCCAAAGGAGGAGACUGCCUUGGCCCUGUGGUGCACCCCACUGCAAACAACGUGCCCGAGGAGGACAUCUCCAGCUCCUCGGCACUGGACAGCCAGACACACCACACCAGCCCUGAAGCUGCUGCCUGGACCCCUUCCACGCGCCCUCAGUGCAGCGAGGAGGGGGCUCUGCACCCCAGCCCCCCGAGCUGCCCCAUCUCCCUGCCUUGGCCUCCCGGCACAUCCCCACCGCCACGCCGCAGAGCCGGUGCCCUGACCGUAAGUGCCGCGCUGGCGCUGCCCGCAGAUUUCUGUAAACACAGCCUCCUUUUCCUUCUUCGCGGUAAUUCCAUCCCCCUGGUUCGUCCCCAUGCCGGCGCUAAUGCGCUCUCUCUCUGGCAGACGUCUUUUUCCAGUCCCAACAAAGACCUCCCAGUGCCGCUGGGCGAGCUCCUGAGCUGGGUCUCCGACAUCAGCAGGUCAUGGACGGGCUCGAGGGGAGCCCCGGGGGCAGCAGCUGCUCGGCCGUGCUCACCUGCGCAGGUGCACUGCGCUGCAGGAAACACCGGAGACGGUGUGGAGGGGUCGCCAUGGGACAGGGAGGAGAUGGAGAGAGCCUGUCUGCGCUCAGAGCAGAGACUGGAGGUGCAGGAGCAGCUUCUCGCCCUGCGGCACUGGCUGGACGCCGUGGAGAAGCGGCUGCUGGCGCUGCCAGAGCCCGGCACGGCCCUGCAGGUGUCCUCACGGGCUGUCCCUGUCCCAGAGGAGGCAGCGGAGCGGGGCCAGGAGACGCUGGAGCGGCUGCUGGCCUGGGUGGCCGACAUGGAGGAGUUGGUGAGCAACCAGAAGCCGCCGUCGGCGGAGGCGAAGGUGGUGAAGGCGCAGCUGGAGGAGCAGAAGCUCCUGAAGCGCCUGCUGGAGGAACGGCGGCCGCGCGUGGAGCUCGUCCUGCAGGACAGACUGACGGCACAGGGCUCGGGCAGUGCCGGCAUCCUCAGCCUCGGGGAGAGGUGGGACAAGCUGAUGCAGGAGGCUGAAGCCAGGUACAGCUGCCUGGAGCGGAUCCUGCCGGCAGCCCAGGGCUUCCAGGAGGCCGUAGACGCCUUCCAGGAGUGGCUCGGUGCCACAGAGCGGCAGCUGGCCCAGCUCUGGCGUGCCGAUGGCUGUGUGGGCCGCGUGCAGGACGCCCACCAGCAGACCCAGGCCCUCUGUGAGGAGAUCCGCGGGCGGCUGGGAGAGCUGGAUGGCGCCCUGGAGAGCGGGCAGCGGGUCCUGGAGCUGGUGACAGGGGAGGAGGCCCAGCUGACUCAGGAGAAGAUGGAGUCGCUGAGGAUGCGGUACCUCAUCGUGGGCCAGAGCAGCGCUGACACCGCUCACCGGCUGGGGCAGACCCUGGAGGCCUCGUCUCGCCUGGGCACGGCCCCUGAGGACCUGGCGCUGUGGCUGAGCCGCAUGGAGAAGGAGCUGGGCGAGCAGGAGAGCCAGCAGGACGGCCAGGAGCCCUCAGUCACUGCCAGUGACAGGGAGAAGUUUGAGCAGGUCCUGGAGUCCCAGCUCGGCCGUGUGGCUGGGCUGGGGGAGCGGCUGGAGGAGAUCGGCCGUGUGCAGCUGGAUGCUGAGGCUCUCCGCUCGCAGAUCUCCGAGCAGAAGCUGCUCUCCGCCGAGAUCCUGCAUUGCCGGGGCCUGGUUGAACGCCUGCUGGGGUUCUCGGAGCCGCUGCUGCGCUGCUGCGCCGAGCCCCUGCGGCAGCGCCUGCAGCUCUCGGUGCAGGCGCUGCGGGAGCGCACGGAGCAGCUGUCCCUGCGCAGCAGCGCCUGUGCUGUGCAGCUGGAGCACGCCCAGUCCCUGCUCGCUCAGUUCUCUGAGGCCCUCGAGGAGCUGCUGCCCUGGCUGGAGGAGACGCAGGCCCUGGGGGUGCAGCUCUCCCCCAACGCCAUCAGCUACGAGGCCUUCAAGGAGCAGCAGGCGCUGCUGCAGAGCCUGCGGGAGGCGAUUGCCGAGCACCGGCCGCUGGUGGGGAAGCUGCAGCGCGUGUCAGCGCAGCUGCUGGAGCUGAGCCCAGAGCAGGGAGCCCCGUUCCAGCAGCGCUGGCAGGAGCUGGAGGAGCAGUACGGCCACAUCCGCGAGCGUGUGCGCCAGGCCGCGGCUCUGCUGGAGGAUGCCCUACCGCGGUACAGUCAGCUGUCGGAGCGCAUGGACCUGCUGCUGGAGUGCCUGGAGCGGCUGCAGAGCCGGCUGCAGAGCCAGCCCCCCGUCCGCGGCGACGCGGCCCACUUGAGGGAGCAGAUCCGCGAGAACAGCCUGGCCCUGGGCGAGCUGGAGAAGCUCGGAGUGGCCCUGGAGGGCAUCCGGGCACAGGGCAAGGAGCUGCUGGCCACCAUGCAGGCGGUCAGCUCCGACGCCGCGGCCAGAGGGAUCCAGGAGCGCACGGCGCAGCUGCUGUCCCAGUGGGGCUGCCUGCGCGGCCGCUGCCAGGAGCAGGAGCGCUGGCUUCGGGAGCUGCUGGCGCUGGCCGAGCGCUUCUGGCACGGCCUGUCUGAGCUGGCCGUGGCGCUCAGUGACACCCAGCAGCUGGUGCUGGGGCUGGAGGAGGCCGGUGGCGAGCCCGAGGCCAUCCGGGCGCAGCUGCGCACCAUGCAGGCCCUGCGGGAGGAGAUCGACGCGCUGCAGGGCGAGCUGGACACGCUGGGCAGCCUGGGCGUGGAGCUGAUGGCGUCCUGCGGGGACCCUGACAAGCCCGAUGUCACCAAGAGCCUGGACGAUCUCUACUCCUCCUGGCACAGCCUGAGCCGGGCGUGGACGGAGCGGAACGGGCGCCUCGAGGAGCAGCUCCAGGCCGCCCUCAGCUACCAGGACACCAUGCAGCGGCUGCUGGAGUGGCUUGAUGCAGCCGAGCUGCGCAUCGCCGAGGAGUUCCUGGUGGGGGGGGACCUGGACAUGGUGCAGCAGCAGCUGGCGGAGCUCAAGGAGUUCAAGCGGGAGCUGUACCAGUGCAAGGUGGAUGUGGAGAGCCUGCGGCACCAGGGGGGCGCGGGGCAGGGGGAGCCCCCGGCCACGCUCAGCGACUUCCGCCAGCGCUGGGACCACCUGGAGGAGGAGAUCGUCAGCCGGCAGCACCAGCUGGAGGCAGCGCUGCUGGGGCUGGGGCAGUUCCAGCACCAGCUGGCCGAGCUGCUGCAGUGGCUGAGCCGCACCGGGGAGCAGCUGCGCGGCCCCGCACCCCUGCGCCCCGACCUGCAGAGCUGCGAGAUCGAGCUGGCCAAGCACAAGGUGCUGCGCACCGACGUGAUGUCCCACGCCCGCACGGUGCAGUCGGUGACUGAGGCCGGGCAGGGGCUGCUGCUCUCCAGCCUGGGCGAGAGCGUGGAGGGGCUGCAGCGCAGCCUGCAGCAGCUGGAGCAGCACUGGGAGCUGGUGCGCAGCCAGACCGAGAGCCGGCAGCUGGAGCUGGAGAACAACCUCAGCCAGGUGCAGGACAUCACGCUGGAGAUCACGGAGCUGCUGCAGUGGCUGGAGCAGGUGGAGCUGCAGCUCUUCUGCUCCAAGCCGGCCUGGGGCCACCCGGACGCCACCAAAGAGAAGCUCAAUGCACACCUGGAGCUGUGCCGGGAGCUGGAGGCGCGGGCCGUGACCUACCGGGGGCUGCGGGAGCGGCUGCAGCGGCUGCUGGACUCGUGCCGCGCCGGGCGGCCCUGCAGCACCGAGCACAGCCUGCGGCUCCUGGAGCACAAGUGGGAGAGCGUCCAGGCCGAGGCCCUGGAGCGGAAGGAGCGCCUGGCCGAGGGGCUGACGGUCACCACCGAGUUCCACGGCUCCGCGCAGGAGCUGCUGCGCUGGGUGGCCCACGCCGAGGAGCUGCUGGGGUCCCCCGCGCCCCCCAGCUUCGUGCUGGACACCGUCACCGCCCAGAUCCAGGAGCACAAGGCCCUGGUGAAGGAGGCGAACGCCCACGGGGAGAAGCUGGGCGCGCUGGAGGCCGUGGCGGCGCGCCUGAAGGAUUUCAGUCGGAAGCAGGACGGGGCCGUCAUCCAGAACCUGGUGCUGGCGGCCCGGGAGCGGCUGGGCAAGGUCCUGCAGCGGGCGGCCGAGCGCGGGGCCGUGCUGGAGGAGGCCCGAAAACGCAGCAAGCAGUUCAGCGAGUCCCGGCGGCUGCUUCUGGACUGGAUGGACGAGGUGGAGCAGAGCCUGGAGGUGCCGCAGGACGCUGCCACCAGCCAGGAGGAGAUCAAGUGCCAGCUGGCUGAGCACAAGGCAUUCCAGAAGGUGCUGCGGGCGAAGCGGCCGGUGUAUGAGGCGACGCUGCGGAGCGGGCGGGCGCUGCGGGAGGGGGCACGGCUGCCCCAGGACCUGCAGCCCCUGGAGGAGCUGCUGGGGGAGCUGAAGGAGCGUUGGGAUGCGCUGUGCAGCCACGCCGCAGAGAGGCAGCACAAGCUGGAGGAGAGCCUGCUCUUCUCGGGCAAGUUCACGGACGCGCUGCAGGCGCUCAUGGACUGGCUGUACCGCGCCGAGCCGCAGCUCAGCGAGGACGUGCCCGUCGGAGGGGACCGCGACCUGGUCGGGGACCUCGUGGACAAGCACAAGGUGUUCCAGAAGGAGCUGGGCAAGCGUGCCAGCUGCAUCAAGACGCUGAAGCGCUCGGUGCGGGACCUGACGCGCGGCAGCAGCAGCGUGGACUCGCAGUGGCUGCAGCGGCAGGUGGAGGAGCUCAGCACCCGCUGGGACCUGGUCUGCAAACUCUCCCUGUCCAAGCAGGCCCGGCUGGAGGCUGCGCUGCGGCAGGCGGAGGAGUUCCACACGCUGGUGCACUCCUUCCUGGGGCGCCUGACCGAGUCGGAGAAGACCCUCAAGUACGGAGUGUUCCCCGAGGAGGAGGCGGCUGUGCAGGAGUGCCAGGCCCAGCUGCAGGAGCUGAUGCAGUCCUUGCAGUGCCAGCAGCUGGAGCUGGAGUGCAUCACCUCGCUGGGGGAGGAGAUCCUCACCACCUGCCACCCCGACUCCAUCAUCACCAUCAAAUCCUGGGUCACUGUCGCCAAGAGCCGCUUCCAGGAGGUGCUGAGCUGGGCACAGCAGCAGGGCGAGCGGCUGCGGGCACAGGCGGCCGCGCUGGCGGCCGAGCGGGAGGAGACGGAGCAGCUGCUGGACUGGAUCACGGCGGCCGAGGAGGCGCUGGGGCUGCGGGACCAGGAGCCGCUGCCAGAGGAGGCCGAGCCGCUGGAGGAGCUCAGCGCCCAGCACGCGGUGUUCAUGGAGGAGCUGAACCGCAAGCAGCCUGACGUGGAGAAGGUGACCAAGAGCUGCAAGCGGAAGCUGGCGGUGGAUCUGGUCCCUCCGGCCACCCGCCGGCUGGCCACACGUCGCCGCAGCAGCGGGAAGGCGCAGGGCACGGCGGCGGUGCCGCUCGGGGGGCUGGAGCCCCAGACGCCCCUGAUGGCCCAGCUCCUGCACCGCUGGCAGCAGCUCUGGCUGCUGGCCCUGGACCGGCAGUACCGGCUGGAGAUGGCCCUGCAGCACCUGCGGGAGCUGGAGGAGUUUGCGCACUUUGACUUUGGGGUCUGGAGGAAGCGCUACAUGCAGUGGAUCAGCCAGAUGAAGUCUCGCGUCCUGGACAUUUUCCGCGGCAUCGACAGGGACCAGGACGGGCGCAUCAGCCAGCGGGAAUUCAUCGAGAGCGUCCUUGCCUCCAAGUUCCCCACCAACAUCCUGGAGAUGAAUGCCGUGGCCACCAUCUUCGACAUGAACGGUGACGGCUUCAUCGACUACUACGAGUUUGUCAGCGCUCUGCACCCCAACCGGGACCCGCUGCGCCGCUCCGCCGACGCCGAUCAGAUCCAGGACGAGGUGAACAGGCAAGUGGCCCAGUGCAACUGCGCCAAGCGCUUCCAGGUGGAGCAGAUCAGCGCCAACAGGUACCGGUUCGGGGAGUCCCAGCAGCUGCGGAUGGUGCGGAUCCUGCGCAGCACCCUCAUGGUGAGGGUGGGUGGGGGCUGGAUCGCCCUGGACGAGUUCCUGGUGAAGAACGACCCCUGCAGAGUGAAGGGAAGGACCAACCUGAAGAUCAACGAGAAGUACCUGUCCUCAGACGUCUUCGGAGCCGCCGCCAGGUGUGCCGGGAACCAGUCGGCCUCCUCCUCCAAAGUGCUGUCCCCGAGCCGCUCCAACUCCAGUCUCAGCCUCUACAGCAGCGCCUCGGCCCCCAGCAGCCCCCUGGCCAGGAAGUCGGUGCUGCGGAGGACGCGCUCCGGGGACCGGUGUCCGCGCUCCCGGGGCUCGGGACUGCCCGACGGAGCCGAGCUGCAGUUCAGCGCGGCUGAGGAGAGCCUGGCUGUGGCACCCCCAGAGCCGCCCGAAGGGUCCCCUCCGGAGCGCUGCAGCCCCUGCCGCUGACCCCCGCGCCCGCCCUGCGCCCAGCACCCUCGGCCGGCCCCACUCAGGACCCUCCUCCACGGGGCCGGAGGACGGCGAAGCCGCGGCCGCGCCCCCCGCGGGUCUCCGGCCCGGCGCUGCGGCCCCCCGAGCGGGGCUGAGCUGCACGCCCGUCACCGAUCCCGCCGGGGCCCGUUCCAGAGGAUAUGCAACUGUCUCCCGACGCUCACCGAGCCCCCGGGCUCUGGUCUCCCGCCCCGCGGCUCCAGCGGGCAGGUCUGAGCCCCGGUGCCCCGCUCCGAGCGCCCGGGGCUGUGGGACCAGCCGGGCACCCUUCUCCCGUGCCGCCAGCUCGGCGUGGCUGCGGUACCCCCGGCGCUCGGCGCUGCUGACCGGGUCCCCAUCGUGCCUCCCAUGCCCCGGCGGGACGUGGCCGGGCUCGGUACCCGUGCACCGGGAGCCCUGGCCGGACGCCGAGCCCCGUUUCUGGUGCUAACCCUCACCCCUCGGCCGGCGGUGCGAGCGCCGGGCCCCCGGUUCUGGCCGCCCCCUGUCCCGGUGGGGCCGGGGCCGCCACGGGCAGGGGUCCCCGGCGCUGCAGUCCCGUCCUGCCGGGGCACCGGCGGGCAGCGGGACCCCCGCCCCGCCGCCGCAUGCUCGUGCCACCGUGCCACCCCGCUAACCGGACAGCAGUAGCGCUGAAUGUAACCCCGGCCGGGCCCACCCGCCGCCACAAUAAACUGUAGUGAGGUUCCUUUU